AAUAACCGAAGUCAAUGUCAUGGCCUGUUUACAGGAGCUUAGAGCAAUCCGAUUGUCGCGCAUCGGCACAGAGACUCUAAGAUCGACAACUGAUGGCAGGAGGCUGCUCACAUCUCGCAGAGUUCGUCCCCUACUUGAAGUUCAUUCGAUGCUCUGGAAUCGAGGAGUUCAGCGACUAUAACCGCGAAUAUCGCGGAGGGGACCAUAAGAACCCUUCAGCUUUUUCACCCUAUCAGAGCUCAAGACGACUUCGUGGGUCAACCGAUUCUGAGCCUGCCUACCACUCAUCCCACCCAGUACCUCAGUCGUGGGGCAAAUUUACAAGUACCUGUCCGAGUCAGAAAGGCAUUUACUUCUCUUGGGACCCUAUAUUAUACUACCUGUCAUCGGUCGACACGUCUUCUCCUUCCACUCAUAUAGGAAGGACAAUUUGGCGACCAUGCCUCCCCGUACACGAGCGUCGUCUUCUAAAGAGAAGGUCGAAGUUGAACCGACUUCCAAGGAUAACCUCGCGUUCACGAUCGACCUCAAGUCAUUCGACGAUGGCACGGGCUCUCGUCCUAGAGAGGAAAGAGUCUACUUUCACGCCCGUGGCCCCUCCCGACGAUAAUGGCAGGCCUCAAGAACGCAAGAUGACGUUCUGGCCUCUGAUUAAGGUCGUUCGUGUCUUCUUGAAGUCGGAGAUUCUAUCUACCGGUAUUAUUCUAGUAGAUUUGAAGUCUAGAGGACGUGACUCUAUUGGUACCCGAACCGCCGUAGCGGCGAAAUAUAUUGAAGAGUAUGCUAGGUUGUGGGUAGUUAUGCCGGUUAAUCGUGCUAUUAACGACAAGACGGCAAGAACUCUCAUGGGCACCAACUUCAAGCAGCAGCUUAAGUACGAUGGUGCAUAUUCCAGUAUACUGCCAACAAUGGCCAACGCAAGAGACCCACGAGCGCCAAGGGCAAAGGAAAGCAGGUCGCUGAGAGUCUCCGGGCCCAGAAGACUGCAGCGAGGUCGGUGGAGGAGAUGAAUGAUGUCAACUUCACCGCCGAGAACAGGAUCAGAGCUUGGAAGGUGUGCUACUUUGUCGGCCGAUCCGGUAAAGAAUCCUCUCCCCUGGCGUUGGUCAAUCCAGACGAGGAUGGCGUCUGCGAUGUCGUCCAUGUGCCUAAUGGCAAGAAACGCGUCUUCUUCUACUUCCCGCAGUACCAUGAAGACAAUUAGAGGUCGGCGACUGCCCGUAACAAAUGGACUGAUCUGGUGUCCGAGGC